GUGACUGUGCACCGACGUCGGCGCGGGCUGCACCGCCGCGUCCGCCCGCCCGCCAGCAUGGCCACCACCGCCACCUGCACCCGCUUCACCGACGACUACCAGCUCUUCGAGGAGCUCGGCAAGGGUGCUUUCUCUGUGGUCCGCAGGUGUGUGAAGAAAACCUCCACGCAAGAGUAUGCAGCAAAAAUCAUCAAUACCAAGAAGUUGUCUGCCCGAGAUCACCAGAAGCUAGAACGUGAGGCCCGGAUAUGCCGACUUCUGAAACACCCCAACAUCGUGCGCCUCCAUGACAGUAUUUCUGAAGAAGGGUUUCACUACCUCGUGUUCGACCUUGUCACUGGAGGGGAGCUGUUUGAAGACAUUGUGGCCAGAGAGUACUACAGCGAGGCAGAUGCCAGCCACUGUAUACACCAGAUUCUGGAGAGUGUUAACCACAUUCACCAGCAUGACAUUGUACACAGGGACCUGAAGCCUGAGAACUUGCUGCUGGCGAGUAAAUGCAAGGGUGCCGCCGUCAAGCUGGCUGACUUCGGCCUCGCCAUCGAAGUGCAGGGAGAGCAGCAGGCUUGGUUUGGUUUUGCUGGCACCCCAGGCUACUUGUCCCCUGAGGUCUUGAGGAAAGAUCCGUAUGGAAAACCUGUGGAUAUCUGGGCUUGCGGGGUCAUCCUGUAUAUCCUCCUGGUGGGAUACCCUCCCUUCUGGGAUGAGGAUCAGCACAAGCUGUAUCAGCAGAUCAAGGCUGGAGCCUAUGAUUUCCCAUCGCCAGAAUGGGACACGGUGACUCCUGAAGCCAAGAACUUGAUCAACCAGAUGUUGACCAUAAACCCGGCAAAGCGCAUCACAGCUGACCAGGCUCUCAAGCACCCAUGGGUCUGCCAACGAGCCACGGUGGCUUCUAUGAUGCAUCGUCAGGAGACCGUGGAGUGCUUGCGCAAGUUCAAUGCCCGGAGGAAACUGAAGGGUGCCAUCCUCACGACCAUGCUGGUCUCCAGGAACUUCUCAGUUGGCAGGCAGAGCUCCGCCCCCGCCUCGCCUGCCGCGAGCGCCGCCGGCCUGGCCGGGCAAGCUGCCAAAAGCCUAUUGAACAAGAAGUCGGAUGGUGGUGUCAAGCCACAGAGCAACAACAAAAACAGUCUCGUAAGCCCAGCCCAAGAGCCCGCGCCCUUGCAGACGGCCAUGGAGCCACAAACCACCGUGGUGCACAAUGCUACAGAUGGGAUCAAGGGCUCCACAGAGAGCUGCAACACCACUACAGAAGAUGAGGACCUCAAAGCUGCCCCGCUCCGCACUGGGAAUGGCAGCUCGGUGCCUGAAGGAAGGAGCUCCCGGGACAGAACAGCCCCUUCUGCAGGCAUGCAGCCCCAGCCUUCUCUCUGCUCCUCAGCCAUGCGAAAACAGGAGAUCAUUAAGAUCACAGAACAGCUGAUUGAAGCCAUCAACAAUGGGGACUUUGAGGCCUACACGAAGAUUUGUGAUCCAGGCCUCACUUCCUUUGAGCCGGAGGCCCUUGGUAACCUCGUGGAGGGGAUGGAUUUCCAUAAGUUUUACUUUGAGAAUCUCCUGUCCAAGAACAGCAAGCCCAUCCAUACCACCAUCCUAAACCCACAUGUCCACGUGAUCGGAGAGGACGCAGCUUGCAUCGCCUACAUCCGCCUCACCCAGUACAUCGACGGGCAGGGUCGGCCCCGCACCAGCCAGUCGGAGGAGACCCGGGUCUGGCACCGCCGGGAUGGCAAGUGGCUCAAUGUCCACUACCACUGCUCAGGGGCCCCUGCCGCACCACUGCAGUGAGCUCAGCAACAGGGGCAUUAAGAGAUUCCAGCCGGAGGUCGAACCUUCGCAGCCAGUGGCUCUGGAGGGCCGGAGUGACAGCGGCAGUCCUGUUCGUUUGAGGUUUAAAACAAUUAAAUUACAAAGCGGCAGCAGCCAAUG